GAGGCAUGGUCCUGUGCGAACUGGCUCAACGAGCUCGGCCUGCACUCGCUUCUGUCGCCGACCGCCUGCCUCUUCAACCGGAUGUCUGUACCAUUUACUCCUAUAGGACCGCCCCCACUCCCCUCAGGAUGGACAGAACACAUCAGUCCUACUGGCCAGCCAUACUACUUCAAUGCCGUCACACAACAGUCUACCUAUGUCCGUCCCCUGCCUCCAAUCCCAUUUCCACCUCAAGGUGCGCUAGCACCUGGUGUCCCGGCACCGGCAGCACCUGCAGCCAAGAAGAAGGAAAAGCCGUUAGUCAAGACUCCGAUACCCGGGACCGACUGGUUGCGCGUCAAGACUACCGAAGGCAACGUUUUCUACACACACAAAGUAGAGAAGAGGAGUGUCUGGACAGUUCCAUAUGAGAUUCAGGACGCGAUUGCUGCGCUCGAGCGCGAAGAGGGGGAGUCACGCUCGGGGUCAGAGGCGGCGAGAAUGGUUGAGGUUGAACGAAUCAAGUCGGAGGUGAAUGACAUGGUUGGUAAGCGGAAAGCAGAGGAGCCAGUGCCGAUGGACGAAGUUGUGAUCACCAAGAAGAUGAAGGUCGAUGAUACGGACGAGGAAGAGGAGGAAGAGUCUAGCUCUGAGGAAGAGGAGGAGGAAGAGUGGCAGCGAGAGGCUGCAGCCCAACUUGCCGCUGAGGCUGAGGAGGAGAAGAGACGGCAGGAAGAAGAGAAACGACAAGAAGAAGAGGAAGCGAAGAGGAUGAAGGAGGCAGAGAAAGCCAAGGGCGCACCUCAGCUCAAUAUGCCGGAGCGAGUUGACUUGUCGAUGGACGAGGCCAAGGCGCUCUUCAAAACUCUUCUUCGCGAGAAGAAUGUAAACCCUCUUCACCCAUGGGACAUGUCCCUGCCGCUAUUCAUCAAUGACCCGCGAUAUGUCCUCCUUCCUUCCGUAUCCGCGCGUAAAGAGGCGUUCGACGAAUACUGCCGAGACCGCGCCCGUGAGCUACGGCAGUCCAAUGUCAAAAAGGAGAAGGAAUCCGCAAAUCCGAAGGAGGAGUUCGAGCGUCUCCUGCGGGAUGAGGUGAAAAGUACGCGCACAAGCUGGACCGAGUGGCGAAGGCAGUGGAAGAAAGAUAGAAGGUUCUAUGGCUGGGGUCGUGACGACAGGGAGCGGGAAAAGAGGUUCCGAGAAUACCUCAAAGAGCUCGGCGAAAAAAAGCGCGCCGCCGCUCAAAAAGCAGAGGCAGAUUUCUUUGCGCUGCUCAAGGAGAGCGGUAUUGCUAAACCCGGUGCUAUAUGGACAGAGGUGAAGCGGGAGAUUGUGGAUGACCCCCGGUACGAUGCUGUAGGGUCAUCAUCUCUGCGAGAAGAGCUGUUCCACACGUACCUAAAAGCCCACGGAGAGACCUCUUCGUCUGAGACACUAUCGGGUGCUCAAGUGGCUGACAGCCGUACUAAUACGGAUGGCGCAACCGCUGAGGAAAGCACCGAGGAGCGUGAGCGGAGGCGUCAGGAGCGAAAGGAGCGUGCCGUAAAGGAGAGGGAAGAAAAGGUCAAGGCUAAGCGAAACAAGGUCGACGCUGAUAUUGACCGUUCCCGCAUGGGUCUCAACAAGGAGGAAGGGGAGCUUGAGUUCAGAACGAUGCUGACAGACGCAAUACGGGACCCACAGGUUACUUGGGACGGUGUCGUUCCGCAGCUGAAGAAGGAUCCUCGUUUCGUACAUUCACCUCUGCCGCUUAACCAGCAAGUUCAUCUAUUCCAUGCACACGUAGCCGCCUUACGGGCAAAGCACAUAACCAGCCUCCACGGGCUGUUCGAGUCGCACACCCCAUCACUGGCUACGAAGUUCACCGACUUGCCAGUGGCGUCCUUGGUCUCCUCGCUUCCUGCUACUAAGCUAGGGUCUAACGUAGAUCGUCUGGAGGAAGAGUUCAAAGCAUGGCAACGAGAACGCUCGCACCAAGCGCGGCUGGCGUUUGACCAGAUGCUUAGCGAGAAUGCGUUCGUGGAGUUCUGGGGCCGGCUCGGGAAGAUCGGGGGAAAGGGCGUCGACGGAACCAUCAAAGUGGACGAUCUCGGAGAGGAUGCCGAGGAAGAGCAGGUUGACAUGAAGGCCUUGGCCAAGAAUGUCGACCUGAAUGAGAUGGUGAAGGUGCUGAAGAAUGACAAGCGCUAUCUCGUCUUUGACCACGUCCCGGAACUGCGUGAGCAGUGGCUGCGGGAUUACCUGUCACAAUUGCCUCCGCCGAAGUUGUCUGUGCACGUAUCCUAGUUAUAUACUGUACUAUGUUAUUGACCGCUUUAUACUUCCGCUUGUCGCGGAAUCGCUAUGGGCUUCAAGCCACUACUGUGUCGUUGUGAACUUCAGCCAUCCGUUGAG